UCAGUGAAACGAUUGAAACGGACCCUGUCGCCUCAAGUGAACAUCAUUGCUGAAAUUUUGGCGUUGUUGCCUAUCGUCUAAAAUUUCUAACCCUUUUUGAUGUGAUAAAUGCAAAAGUGUUAACCGAAAUGAAUGUUAUCGAGGACAACACCUGUCGGCUGUGUUUUUCCGCCUCCGAAAAUAAUGUGAACAUAUUUUCUGCGAAGGAAUCAGACGGCUUGACAGCCAUUGGACGAAUGAUUGUUGAUUGCUUGCUGUCAGAGUUGGAACCGAAUACCGGCUACCCGGAAAUGGUGUGCCAUCUCUGCCAGUUGCAGCUGAAUGUUUUUUACGAGUUCAAAAAGAAAGUUUUCCAGAACCAAGAGAAAUUCACAGCAAUUUUACGCAAACAGAAGCCGUCAAAGCCUGGGCCACUGAGCAAGAAAAGUCCACAGAAGAAUGCCGACGAUGACAGCAAAAAGAAGCGUUUGACACGAUCGUCGGUUAAGGUCGAAAAUACAUCGCAAACGCUUGAUAAUUUCGAAUCGGUUGAACCGCAAACAGUCGACAAACAUAUCCCAUCGCCGAACAAUUUGAAGCGGAUAAAUGUCGGCGUCAGCGAUGAACCGGACAUCAAAUUCAUCAAAUUGGAAACGGACGAAUUGGAUCUGGACGACGAUUGUAAUCUGUUCAAAGAGGACGGCACCGAUGACGACGAAACGGAACAGUAUCUGGAGGAACAGUAUCUGGACAAUUAUUCGGAAAUCGAUGAAAAUACCGAAGUGGAGUACGUGUACGAAGACGAAGUGGACGAUGAGAAUUGCAACAGUUUCCGGGAGGAAUAUUCGAAGGUCGACGAUGGCGGCACGGGACGGACGAUGAAAAAAGUGCGAAAACCGAAAACGCCCAAAGUGAAAAAGUUCAUCACCGAACGGGUUCUGGAUGCGGAUACCAUGAAGGAAUACGAUGCCGUCAAGUGUCUCAAUUGUAACGAAUAUUUUGAGACGAUGGACAAGUUCACCACGCACCACAAAGCCUGUGACAAGGCUCCGUGUACAGUAUGCGGAAAGAUGCUUAGUUCGAGUGGUAUGGAUCUUCAUAUGAGGCAGCAUGAUUCGGAAAAACCUUAUAUAUGUUCAAUUUGCAACAAGGGAUUCACAACGGCUCAACAGUGUUCCGAUCAUGAGUUCAGGCAUAAAAAUCAACGGCCAUUUGAGUGUCACAUUUGCGACAAAACAUUCAAAAUGAAGUGCGACCUUCGAACGCAUAUCAUGUGCCACCAGGACAUUCGGAAACAUGCCUGUCCCAUAUGUGAAAAAGCAUUCCGCCAAUUGUCCCAUCUGCGAAAUCACAUCGAAACACACGCCUCCGAGCAUGCAUAUGAGUGUGAAGUCUGUGGACGAACAUUUAAGACCAGGGUAACCAUGCAAAAUCAUGUACGACAAAUGCAUACCGACGAGCACGAGUUCCAGUGUGAUAUUUGCGAGCGUGGAUUCUAUCGAAAGAAUCGGUUAGAGCGACAUCGUCAGACACACUUUAGAACGCCAAAGAGAAUUGCUGGUGACGCUGAUAACGCAGACAAUAAGGAGCUGCAGUUGAGUUUGGAGAGUUGAUUAAUCAGCAAUGCAGUCGAACGAUUAAGAUGAUUUGUUGGUUUAGCUUUGAUAUAUAUGAGUCUGAAUGGAUGGGUUACACUCGAUGGAUUUUUAAAAUAAAAUUAAAGAAGAAAAAUUAAUCAAGAAAAUUC